AGAACUGAAAACCAAAUGAAUGACUCAUCAGAAUAAGAAAAUCCCUGAUAUCUCAAUCUCAAUAAAGAGCAAAUGAUACAUAAUUCCGAGAUACUUAACAAUGAAGUUCUUAAACAAAAUGUUGCUUUCAUGUGUAAUACUUGUGCAAUGUUUACAAUUGACAUGUGCUGUGUCAUUAUCUGGCAAUUAUUCACCCAAAAUUGAUUUAAGAGAGUUUUCUGAUCAUCAUGCCAUUCAAGAGAGAAAUCAAUUGGUUAUACACAGACACACUGAAAUAGUGUAUGUGAAAGCCAAGAAUCGUUUCUAUCAAUUGUCACCAGAUUUAGAAAUUCAAAGUAAUAUUUCAAAUGAAUUUUCUAAAAGUGGAAUCCCAGCCAAUGAUUACAAUGAAUUUUUGUUAAUUGAUUAUACUAAUUCAAAAUUAAUAUCAUGUGGGAAUUUAAUUGAGCAGCUGGAUUGCAUAAUAUAUUCCACUCAACAUAACAUAUCUGAAUUGAAUAGAACUAAAAUGAAAUUAAGUAAACACUUCAACAUUAAUAAUGAUAAAACAACCGAUACAAAUCAAACAAAAGUGGCUUUCAUCGCUUACAGGUCAUCAAAUCGUACACAAGCAUUGUUUGUAUCAACAAAAACGGGAAUGUUUGAAUUUUUAAUAAACCACUAUGACUAUGAUGACAGUAAUAAAUUAUUAUCGCCUUCCUCACAGUAUCAUGAUAAUGAUGUAAAAGAUUAUGUGUAUGGAUUUGAGCAUAAACAAUACUUUUACUAUUUUGUUACUCUGGAUCUGAAUUAUGCACAAGAUAAACUGGAAUCUCGACAAUCUUGUUAUGUUUCCUCAUUGAAAAGAGAAUGCCUUGAUCAUCGUUCUUCAUGUUGGAACCCUUUCAUCAAAACCGAAUGUGGUUCUGGAAAUGGACAAUAUUACAAUCUAGCACAAGCAGCACAUGCUGGAAAACCAGGUUUACAGUUAGCAAGGUCAUUGAAUAUCACUUCUAAUGAUGAUGUGCUAUUUGCUAUACUUUCUACCAGUAAUGAAAUGAAAUCAUAUCCUAAUGUACUUGGUGACCACAGCGCACUGUGUAUGUAUUCUCUAAACACAAUUAAUGAGAAACUUCCUGAAGAAACAGCGUGCAUUACUCGCAGAGAAAUUUUAGCUGAUACACCUAAAAAUUGUGUUGUGAGAUCACCUCCAGCAAUGGUUUUCAAUACCACCUUGACUGCAAUUAUUGCUGUAGAGAGUGGAGACUACACUGAGGUGUUCAUAGGAACACAUGAUGGUCAUGUAAAAAUGGUAAUUGUGGAAAAUGCUACAAUGGCGUAUGAACAAGUUGACAUAACAAUUGAGGAAGGAUCACCCGUCAAUUCUGACCUACUACUCUCCCAUGAUAAAGAGCAUCUAUAUGUAAUGGCGGGGUAUACACUUUCAAAACUCAAAAUACCAAGGUUCAACUGUUCAAUGUUGGCCAAUUAUGAUGAUUGCAUCAAGUCUAAUAAUAUCACUCACCGGUGUGGAUGGUGCAUAUUCGCAAAUAAGUGUACCAUAAAACAUUACUGUGGCCAGAAUGGUGACUCUACUUGGAUUAGAACAGAUUUCCGAGAAAAAAUUGCAUUUAGAAUGUUAGGCCCAACACACUUUCAAUAUGGUUAUCCUCAAAAAAUACGUUUUGGAUCACUUACAAACAAUCUAAAUGAAGUUCUUCUGGCCCAAUCCAACUUUCAUUGCAAAAUUUCCUUAACAAAUACAGAAUUUCCAUCAAUAAUUGUACCCGCAUCCAUUACACGUGAGGAAAUUCUUGUGUUCACAUGUCAGAUAUCAGAUUCAGAGUUCAGUAAAAUACCAAUAAGUCGUCACGCUUCAAUGGCAAAAUUAUCUCUUCAGACAGCAACUAUUCAACAUAUUUGGGACCAAUACAUCACAUUUUUCAAUUGUCACACCUAUUCAUCAGAUAGAGAAUGCAUUUUUUCCAAUUUUCCAUGUUAUUGGUGUUUGAAGAAAGGAGAAUGCAUGCAAUACAAUGCAGAGAAAGAAACAGCAUGUCCAAAUGGGAACAUUACUGAAAUUUUUGAUUUUUCACCACAACGUGGGCCCAGGGAAGGAGGCACUGAAGUUACUAUUCUAGGUCAAAACCUGGAUGUUCUAUUCAACAACACUAAUCAUAGUAUCACAGUUGCUGGAAGAUCUUGUAAACUUGUAUAUAAAAAUACUUAUGUAUCAAUGAAAAAAAUUGAGUGUGUUAUUGAGCAGUCAACAUUAUUUCACAAACAAAGUGGACCCAUUGAAGUAUAUGUAAAUGAACAUCUUUGGAUUAAGUCCCAACAAAACUUUACUUUUGAAAUUCCAGAAAUUCAUAGAAUUCAUCCAAAUGAAGGUCCUAUAUAUGGUGGUACUGAGUUGGCCAUUGAAGGAAAAUAUUUAGAUGUUGGAAGAUAUAUUGUAAUUUCAAUUGGGAAAACACUAUGUGAAAUAUUCUCAAUCCAUCUAGAUGAAAUAAAAUGUAUUACAGCUGGCUACUCAUUUGAAAGUUUUAAUGAGCAUUCAAAUUUCACUGUGGAUGUGCCUAUCAAGGUAGAAUUUGACAACAACACUUUUAAUACUUCUAUGAAUAAUACAUUCAAGUACGUCAAGGAUUUGGAACGUGAUAAAAAAGGUUUCAAUUUAGUACCAAAAGGUAUCGUUUCUGGUGGUGUUGAAAUUUUAAUUCACAAUGUGAUCCCGAUGCCAAUUCAACAGUUAUCAUUUCAUGUACACAAUAAUGAUCAAAUUUUCAACAGCUCGUGCAAAAUCCUCAAUGAACCCACACAAACAACAAUCUGGUCAUGCAUAUCACCUCCUAUAUCAAAUAUCGACAGUGAUUUAAUAGAUGCAAAAAAUCCUAGAAGAAUGAAAUUCUCACUUACAAGCAAUGAAACACACAACUUCACAAUCAGCAUGUCAAGUAAUCAUUCGUCAGUGUUUCUGUUAUAUCCUGAUCCUGAGUUCUAUUAUGUUUACAAUUCUUAUAUCCCAAUGGAUGGGAAAAAUUUCAUGAUCAUUCAAGGGAAACACAUAAACAAGGCAUGUCAGAAAACUGAUAUUACUGUACUAGUAGGUAACGAUACUUGUGAAGUACUUUCAGUAUCUUCAAGGCAAGUUAUUUGCUUUCUUCCAAAAUCUCAGCAAGAGAGUGAAAUUGAUGAGUACGAAGAAGAUGAUCUGUUGAGGAAGCAUAAAUAUAUAACAAUAAUGAUAGGGGAGCAUUUCAAAAAAAUAGUCCCACAGCAGAACAAUCAUGAAAGUAACAAUUUACUUCACCUUGUAAUUUGCUGUGUGGCUUUCCUGCUGUGUGUAAUAUUUGUAGUUCUCAUUUCACUCAUUUAUUACUGUUGUCUUCAUCACCAAGUGAAAAGUUCUCAAGCAGCAAGGGAUGCAAUAGAACAGAGUACUUCAAGAGCAAUCAAAGAAAUACAGCAGCAAAUGAAUAAAAUGUGUAUGGAGACAAUAGCCCUAAAACAAUGUGUUAAGCAAGUAAUUAUUGAAAACCAAAUCGAGUUGGAUGAACUUCAUCAAGCAUAUUGGUAUGUAAUGUCAAAAUUUAGUCAUAGUGCUUAAAAAUAAAUGGUCUGUUCACACUUUUUUUUAAAUUUUAGAAACUACCAAAUAUCACAAUUGUCAAUUCAACUUCCACAGCUGAUACACCCUCAGAUUCAAAAUAUCAGCUAUUGCCAAUUGAUCAUGAGUGGGAGUUCCCUAGAGGGAACCUGUCUCUAGGAAAUGAUCUGGGACAGGGAGAAUUUGGAAAAGUGGUUCAAGCUGAAGCAUUAGGAAUCUUGCAAAAACACAUUGUUACCACUGUUGCUGUCAAAAUGUUGA